GCAGUGUGGCAGCUCCCAGCCCACUGUCUGCCGUGAGAAAUGGUUUUUGUACAGGCUGUGCUGCUGUUGUGCCUAUGGCUUUUGCCUCCUGCCUCUCCUGCUCUCUCGAAGUGGACGGGCCUUGAAGCUUCAGCUGCAGUGUGGAAGGACAAGCUGCAGAACCAUGCUUUCCAGCAUACGGUAUACUGUCAGAGUUGGAAUCCCAAGAAGGGAUUCUCAGAGACCUUCAACGGGGAACAGCUUUUCUCCUUCGACUUUGACCAGAACACACGAGUGCCUCGCCUGCCGGAAUUUGCUGACUGGGCCCAGAAGUCUGAAGAUACUUCCAAAAUUUUAUUGGAAAAAACCUUGUGUAUGGCUAUGGUAGAUGAAGUAGGCCCACAAUUAGAAGGACAAAUCCCACUGUCCAGAGGGCUCCCUAUUGUUGACGUGUUCACGCUGAAGCCCCUGGAGUUUGGCAAGCCCAACACACUGAUCUGUCAUAUCAGCAAUCUGUACCCGCCCGCUUUGACAGUGAAGUGGAGGCAUCAUUCGGUCUCUGUGGAAGGAGCUGGGCCUACCCUUGUGUCAGCCGUUGAUGGACUUAGCUUCCAGGCCUUUUCAUACUUAAACAUCACGCCAGCACCCUCUGACGUUUACCUCUGCAUCGUGAGUCAUGAUAUUGACAACUACACAGCAAAGGCCUUCUGGGUGCCCCGGAACGCAUUGCCUUCAGAUGUUCUGGAGAAUGCGUUGUGUGGUGUAGCCUUCGGCCUGGGUGUGCUGGGCAUCAUUGUUGGAUUAAUCCUCAUUGUCUACGUUCGCAAGCCUUGCUCAGGCUGAUUUAUCCUGACCCCAGUCUGGUGCCAUCCAAGCAGACACAGCACAAAUUUCCCAGGAUCAUCUCUCUUCAGAGCAGACAGCCCCAGCACUCUGGGUGUGUGCAUGUGUGAGUGUGUGUGUGUACAUAAGCCAAAGAUUCCGUUUCCCUAGGUUUGUCUCCACGGGAACACCAAAGUGCCCCCCACUAUGACAUAUCCCUUUCCAU